UCAAUGUCAAUUGUCAAAGUGAAAUGUGGAUGUGGACACGUAUUGAUCAAAAUUGUUUGAUUUAUUUUUGAAAUUACUUGAUUAGUUUGGUUUUAUUAAGUGUUUUAAAUUCGUUCUGAAUAAUUUUAGUGUAAUCGUGGCAAAUUUUUCACACAGAAGCCGUCCUUUUCUCCAGCACAAUGGCAGGUGUGGAACAGCCCUGCUACACUCUGAUCAACUUUCCCACGGACACGGAGCCUCACAAUGACAUGCAGCUUAAACUUGAUCUAGAAAAGGGAGAUAUAAAGAAAAAGAUUGAAGCAUUAAAGAAGACUAUUGGCAUUAUUCUCUCCGGUGAGAAGAUUCCAGGUCUUUUGAUGAUCAUCAUAAGAUUUGUGUUGCCAUUACAAGAUCAUACUAUUAAGAAGCUUCUACUGAUAUUUUGGGAGAUUGUUCCUAAGACAACAUCAGAUGGAAAACUCCUGCAAGAAAUGAUUCUUGUUUGUGAUGCAUAUAGGAAGGACUUGCAACACCCCAAUGAGUUCAUCCGUGGCUCGACACUGCGCUUCCUGUGCAAGCUUAAGGAGCCAGAGCUUUUGGAGCCACUGAUGCCUGCCAUCCGAGCCUGCCUUGAGCACCGACACUCCUAUGUGCGCCGAAAUGCAGUUCUCGCUAUAUUUACUAUCUAUAGAAAUUUCGAGUUCCUAAUCCCUGAUGCACCUGAACUGGUGGGGAACUUCCUAGAGAAUGAGCAGGAUAUGUCGUGCAAGCGCAAUGCUUUCCUGAUAUAG